AGCACCGUGGACAGCUCCAGUCGCUCUGUAUGUCUUGGCUGAAGCAACAACAGCAUUUAUCUCUGCAUCUCUGUGGAUUGUGCAGACUACCUGCUGCACCUGUAUCAUUAAAAAGUGUUUUUGUGUUUGUGUGUGUAUUUUUAAAGAAGUGGAUCCUGACCGCACCAAGUUCUUUUUGUCUUCCAUUUCCUUUGGAGCAUGGCAACGUGUCUCUGUGACUGUUUCUGAUGCGUGGGAUGUUCCCCCGUAUUGCGCGGAUCCUACUUUAGGAUCUAAAGAAGCGGAGUGAAGUUUGGGCCAGAGGCGAGCCGCAUCUGCAUCACCAACAACGGCGGCUGACAGGCGGUGAGUGGUCCAGAUGCAUUCAGCAGCCAGGAUGAGGUUCCUGUGUGACUUUUUAAAUUCCACUUAAAGACAGAGGAGGAGCCUGACACAUCUGCAGGAGCGGAGCUUCUCAUCGUGCAUCUGCAGAAAGCCUCAUUUCACGCUCUUUCUUCACAUUAGCGCCAAACAAAGACGUCAGAAAUGAAGAAGUUUCGGAAGGUGUUGGACGGGCUGACCACCUCCUCUCCAGGUGGCGGGACUAUGGGAUCGCCAUCGUGUGGUAGCACCGCCGGGACCCCCACCGCGGCGCCGACCCCCAAAGAGAUCGACGUGCAAGAGACGCUCGUGUCAGAAAACUUUCAGCUGUGUAAGACGGUGCGCCACGGUUUCCCCUACCAGCCCACCGCUUUGGCCUUUGACCCCGUGCAGAAGAUUCUGGCAAUCGGCUCCAGAUCAGGUGGUGUUCGGAUACUAGGACGGCCUGGGGUUGACUGCUUUUGUCAGCAUGAGAGCGGUGCAGCUGUUCUUCAACUUCAGUUCCUUAUCAAUGAGGGGGCCUUAGUCUCAGCUUGUGCAGAUGACACAUUACACUUGUGGAAUCUUCGUCAGAGACGACCGGCUAUUCUGCAUUCACUCAAGUUCAACAGAGAAAGGAUCACAUUUUGCCACCUUCCCUUUCAGAGUAAAUGGCUUUAUGUGGGGACGGAGCGCGGGAACACACACAUCGUCAACAUCGAGUCCUUCAUUUUAUCCGGAUACGUCAUCAUGUGGAACAAAGCCAUCGAAUUAUCAACAAAAACUCAUCCAGGACCGGUUGUUCAUUUGAGUGACAGCCCAAAGGAUGAAGGCAAGCUUCUUGUUGGGUUUGAGAGCGGGACAAUUGUACAGUGGGACCUCAGGGCCAAAAAGGCUGAUUUCAGAAUCUACUAUGAUGAGGCCAUCCACUCAGCAUGCUGGCAUCAUGAAGGAAAGCAGUUCAUGUGCAGCCACUCAGACGGCAGCCUGACCCUGUGGAACCUCAGAAAUACCUCCAAGCCCAUCCAGAUCACUUUCCCACACGGUAAAAUACAGAAAGAUGGGAGGAAGGAAUCAUGUAAACCAAUAUUGAAAGUGGAUUACAAGACCUCAAGGAACAGUGAGCCUUUUGUUAUCUUCUCCGGCGGUCUUUCAUACGACAAGGCGGGUCGACGGCCUACAUUAACCAUCAUGCACGGCAAGGCAAUUACAGUGCUAGAGAUGGACUACCCUAUUGUGGAGUUUAUGACGCUUUGUGAUACUCCUUACAAUAACGAAGUCCAGGAUCCGUAUGCAGUGGUGGUGCUUUUAGAAAAAGAUUUAAUAGUGGUGGAUCUGACGCAGAGCAACUUCCCUGUCUUUGAGAACCCUUACCCCAUGGACAUCCACGAGUCUCCAGUUACAUGCACAGCUUAUUUUGCAGACUGCCCUCCAGACAUCAUCCCUGUCCUUUACUCCAUCGGCGCUAAACACAAGAAGACCGGCUACAGUCAAAAGGAAUGGCCAGUUAGUGGGGGAAUGUGGACGUUAGGCUCGCACACCUACCCAGAGAUCAUCAUUACUGGACAUGCAGAUGGAUCAAUCAAGUUUUGGGAUGCAUCUGCAAUUACACUGCAGAUGUUAUACAAGCUGAAGACCUCCAAGGUGUUUGAAAAGCCAAAACAAAACGAGGGCCGUGGUGCAGAACUGGUGGACGAUGACCCUUUUGCGGUGCAAAUGGUCAGCUGGUGUCCCCAAAGUCGCAUCUUUUGUGUUGUGGGGAUUUCGGCCUACAUUAUCCUCUACCGCUUCAGCAAAUAUGAUGCCAACACUCAGAUUGUGUCUCUCGAGGUGCGACUUCAAUGUGAUCCGGAGGAUGUCAUCUCCCCUUCCGAAAAUGAAAACAAUCCGUGCUUCUCAGAGCCCCAGUCGGGCUCUCACUCUCCUCAGCCCCAUCAACCAGUGAGCCCUGGUGGCGGAACACCCGAGUCUUUAAAGGAUUGCACACCCUGCCUUAAGGUAAAGGAUCGGGCGGUGCGGGUACCUCCUGGUUACCAGGCAGAGCUAGUCAUCCAGCUGCCUUGGAUAGAUGGAGAACCUCCACAGCAGGUUUCAAGCCUGGACAUCAACUCCGCCUAUGGCCUUUUGGCAUUCGGGAACUGUAAUGGCCUUGCGGUGGUCGACUACUUGCAGAAAACCAUCCUGUUGUGCAUGUCCACUUUGGAUUUGUACGGAGCCGCCGAUCCCUAUCAACGCCUUACCCGCUCACCCCGCAGGAACAGACAGUCCACCUCAGACUUUUGCAUGCGCGGCCUGUCUAACUUUUAUUCUGAUUCAAAGAAAAGGAUCCGUACAUCCUACCAGAGCCUUACUGAACUAUCUGACAACCAGCAGUCUGUUGACAUGGAGAGAAGCAAGUCGCCCACCUCAGUUCAUUACCCAACCUCCCUUCACAAUGACCCACGCGUCCUGCCAGAGCCUGUGGCCAGUCUGAGAGCCAGCCACUGCAGCCCAGUCUUUUACUUAUUGGACAAUGUAAAGGGACCCGGCAGAAAGUUAAGUCUGCCAACAGAUCUUAAGACCGAUCUUGAUCAUGUCAAUGGACAUUGCACUAGCCCCACCUCCCAGCCCUGCUCGGCGGGGAAGCCUCGCGUCCCGAUGGGUCCCGAGGGGCCACGGCUUGCCCGCAGAGGCCCUGGCCGACCGCCAUUCCGCAAGGCCCAGUCUGCUGCUUGCAUGGAGAUCUCUUUGCCUGUGUCCCACACUGAAGGUUAUGCAUCCAGGAGGGCAAUGCUCCAGCAGUUUCACGGAGUCACAAUGUACUCUCACGACGAACACCACACCACCACCCCCUACUCCUGGAGUGACAGAGAGAGUCGUGAAAACUCCUUCAGCCGCUCACGUAGCUCCAGUGUCUCCAGCAUCGAUCGAGACACCAAAGAGGCAAUCACCACUCUUCAGUUUGGGGAGUCUUUUGGACGAAAGAGCGACACUUUGCCCACACCGUGUCUGUGGGUUGGUACCAGCCUUGGUAUGAUCUUGCUCAUUCCCAUGUCCAUCCCCACUGACCAGGAGGAGAGGAUGGAGGAACAAGUUACCAUUGGUCCCUGUGGUGCAGUUCUGAUGCUAAAGGGCUCUGUGUUGCGCUUUGGCUUCUUGGACUGCAUGGGUGCACUCAUCCAAAGCCCCUACGAGGUUUGGCGUGAUGUCAACGCCCCAGAAGACCCCGACCGACCACGAAAGCGCAAGCUGGUGCAUUUCUCGCCCUCCUCCUCCCAGGAUACCUGCGGAGAAGGACAUCUGGCUAUCGUAUGCUCCGAGAGGCAAGCCAAAGUGUUCUUGAUGCCCUCACAGUCUUGCCUCUUCGUCCACAACAUCACAGAGUCGUCGUUCGUCCUACGGGCUGACGUGGUGUCAGUGUGUAAUAGUGUGUGCCUCGCCUGCUUCUGCGCCAACGGACACGUCAUGACCCUCAGUUUGCCCAGUCUAAGACCGCUGAUGGAUGUUAAUUACCUGCCUCAGACAGACAUGCGCAUUGCGAGAACCUUUUGCUUCACCAACGGGGGUCAGGCACUUUAUCUCAGUUCCCCGACAGAGAUCCAGAGAAUUACAUACAGCCAGGAGAUGUAUGACAAUCUGCAGGAAAUGCUGGGAGAGCUGUUUACGCCAACAGAAACACCAGAGGCCCAGAAUAGAGGCUUCCUAAAGGGCUUCUUCGGAGGGAAUGCUCACACAUUUGACCGAGAGGAGCUCUUUGGUGAGGCAGCAGCAGGUAAGGCUUCUCGGAGUUUGGCCCAGCACAUCCCUGGUCAGGGAGGGGUGGAGGGAAUGAAGGUGGCAGCUAGUGGAGCAGUUGGUGAGCUGGCCAGGGCCCGCAUCGCGCUGGAUGAAAGAGGCCAGAGGCUCGGCGAGCUGGAAGAAAGAACUGCGCUCAUGAUGACCAGUGCAGAAUGUUUCUCCAAGCAUGCUCAUGAGCUCAUGUUAAAGUGCAAGGACAAGAAGUGGUACCAGUUGUAAUUACGAGAGCCAAGUGAGGCUGACUGAUGGAUUUCUGAGGGCGCAUUGUGCUGGGGCGCAGGAAUUUUAACUCUGCGGAUGAGCGAUAAUAAGUGAGGUUGAAGACUUUCUCUUAAUGGCUUCUGAGUCAAAUGUGUAACAUUGUCACACAGUAAGAGGACAGGAGAGAUCCUCAUUUGAUUGUUUGCUGAGAAAGAUGGCGAGAAACAGGAUGGUAGCAUUUGGAGGACCGUGUGUGUGUGUGUGUGUGUGCGUGUGUGUACGUGUGUGAGUGCGUGUUCUGUCCGGGUUUGGACCUCACUGUAUAGAUAGAUACACAACAAUUAUGAUAUCAACAUGACAUGCAUGAAACAAAAAGGAAUGACUAUCAAACUGCCAUAUUAAAAAGCAGCAUGCUUACUUUAAUGCUACUUUGACAGGAGAUUCAAUUAUUAUUAUUUUUUAUUUAAUAAUAUAGCCAACUACAGAAACUAUGAAAAACUUUCUAUUUUUUGAAAUAUUGACAAAAAUCUAUAUAUAAAAACAAAUGUAUACCUGCAUUGCUAUUAAGCCAAAACUUGUGUUCUUUUCCCUUUCCUCGUUUUCCUUUUGACUUUUAUUUCCCGCAAAGAUUUCCUGACACACUUCAAACGCACAUAGUUAUCUUUCUCUUCACAUACUAAAAUAUAACACUAAAACUUUGUUCAUAGCAAGUACUCUUGGCUGCAGCAUAGUGCAACCAUCAACGGAUUUUGCUACUGCACCAUUAAAUCAAGUUUACUUUUGGGCUGCUGCUACUUUCAAAUACAAUAAACGACAAGGCUGUAUUCCACUCCCCAACUACCAAUCAGGAUUCAGAGAAGAAUCGUUUCAGAUGUAUGCAAAGGCUUGGAGAACAUACCAUAUGUUUAUAUCAACCUAUAUAUAGAUAUAUUAUUCACGUGCCAUAAAAAAAUUUCAGUGCAAUCAGUGUAAAGUUACAAAGAGCUAAUAAGUAAUGGUGGUGAGAGGUCAAUGGUUGAUAAAGGGGCAUUUAAUGGAGUCCAAAAAAAUGUGUUUUCCUGAGUACAAUAACACUCAAGAGACUUACAUUUCUGUUGUUGAUUCACCGUUUGGGUCACCAUUUGCGAGAUGUGCAGGUUUAGUGUGAAACUAUGAUGUGCGUAUGUGCAACAACGAGUGCUACACUUUAAAAAAAAAA